AUGUCAACAAGCCAAUCAAACAUUGACCAAGUUGAUAUUCAACAAAAAAUAUCCUUCUGUGUGGAGGAGUCGAAUUCGUCGUCUCCAACCCCAGAAAUCAAGCUUGACCAACAUGGAUUACCGUUGGUACCCCAACCCAGUCGAUUUAAAGACGAUCCAUUGAACUGGCCAAUAUGGCUCAAAUGGGUAGUCCUCAUUCAAGUUGGCUACAUGGCCUUCCUGGGCCCCUAUAACGCGGCACUCAUCAAUCCAAGUCUGAUUCUCCUGAGUGGUGCGUUUGGAGUCAGUCCGAAAGUAGCUGCAUACAGUACAACCACGGCAAUUAUUAUGGGUGGUAUUUCACCAUUCAUUUACGCGCCUCUCGCCAAUAUCUAUGGUCGUAGACCUAUCACCCUAUUCGCAAUCGUCCUAACUAUCAUUGGAGGAGUGACAUCAGCUUGCUCAACUACAUUCCCACAACUCGUUGGUACACGUGCUAUCUGUGGCUUUGGUUUUGGGGGAAUGAUGUCGGUGGGUACUGCUUGUGUGAAUGAUAUGUUUUUUCUCCAUCAGAGAGGUGAAGCUACUGGUGUAUACUCCGUAUUUGUUACCAACGGGGCUCAUGUCGCUGCAAUUAUUGGUGGUUACCUCGGUGCAUCCCUAGGCUGGAAAUGGGAUUACUGGAUCGGAGCCAUCAGCACCUCUCUUUCCCUCCUCAUCGCGAUUUUCCUCUUCCCCGAAACCCUCUUCUCCCGCGACCCUUCCUACCUCUCCACACGCACUAAAACCCGCACGUACUAUGAACUUCUUUUUGAUUUCCGCGGCAACAUUCUCCCCAACCGCUCACUCCACUUCUCCCACUUCCUCGAAUCCUUUUACAUGCUCCGCUACCCAUCCAUCUUCUUCCCCUUCUGGUACUAUACCUGGGCAUGGACCUUUAUCAAUGUCCUUCCCGCCAUCUCUAUCGCCACAAUUUAUACCCACUUCUACAACCUCAAAUCAGGUCCCAUCGGUGCCUCUCUGGGUGUUUCUCUCAUGAUUGGUAGCUUGCUAGGAGAAUUCAGUGCGGGUAAAGCAAGCGAUUAUGUCAUGUAUCGUAUGGCAAGAAGAAAUGGGAAUGUAAGGCAACCAGAAUAUAGACUUUAUCUUUGUUGUUUGUCGGCGGUGUUCAUGCCGUUGGGAUUGAUUGUUUUUGGAGCUACUGUGGGGAAAACUCAUUAUUUUGUUCCGCUUAUUGGGUUGUCUAUUGGCGUCUUCGGCCUCCAAAUCGCCUCCACAACCCUCUACGCCUACGUCUCCGACUGUUACAAACCGCAAACGGCCGAAACUGGCGUUCUCUUCAAUCUUUCGCGGGGCCUCUCAUUUGUAGUCGGAUAUUUUGCGUUGCCGUUUGCGGAAGAAGUGGGAUUUACGUGGGCGUGGUUUACUUUUGCGGUGGUGCUGUUUGUGUUUUUUGGGCCGGUGGGGGCGUUGAUUUGGUGGGGGAAGGGGUGGAGGGAAAAGGGGGGGAAGCCGGGGUUUCAUGCUUGGUUGUAG